UUAAAGAUGUAUUAUGAAUCUGGACCAAAAUGUACCUGGACAACAAACAAACAUAAAACAAACACAUGGCUCCACAUGUUGACAGAGGGUUCCUGUGUGUUGUUCUGUGUGUUUGCAGUCUGUCAGGCUGUCUGAUCUCAGAGGAAGGCUGUUCUUCUCUGGUCUCAGCUCUGAGCUCCAACCCCUCCCAUCUGAGAAAGCUGGACUUGAGCUACAAUCAUCCAGGAGACUCAGGAGUGAAGUUACUGUCAGAGGGACUGAAUGAUCCUCUCUGGAGACUGGACACUCUCAGAUUCCUGUGAACUCACACU